AUGCAAUAUCUAUACAACUAUCCUCAAUUCGUUGAUGAUUUAGGAUAGAUCAGUUAGGAGCUGAAAAACGAGUUAAUAAAAUUCUUAGGGAAAUAGUCUGUAUUAAAUUUAGUGUUACUAUAGUAGUAAUAACUUUUACAGAAAAUGAAUGUUCUUAAUAAUUAUCUCAUAUCAAAUGAAACUUAAUCAACCAUUUAAGAAUCUAAAUUAGACAGUGUGGUUGUAAUAUCUCAAGGUGAAGAAAAAAUAAAUGAUAAAAAUAUAAUUCGCAAGGAAUGUUUAUUAAGGUAUAGAGCAAAAAAGAAAAUGUGGAUGAAUAGGACUCUAUAUGAAUGUAGAAAAUAAAUAGCAGAUAGACGAUUACGUUUUAAUGGUUAGUUUUUAAAUUGUGAUGAAGAGAAAAAAAUAAUAAAAAUACAUAAAAUUUUAGGGAACCAAUUACGUAAGGAUAAAAAAUAAUAACAUCAAAAUAAAUGGCAUAAAAAAAAUAAAACAUUUAAAUAAAGAAUAAAUAUUAGAGAAAAUAGAUAAGCUAUUACCUUGCGAGAUCAAAAAAAGAAUACAAAAUAAAUAAAUACUGUUUAAAUUACUCUGAUUUUCUUAUAUUAUUUUUAUAUAUUUAUGAAAAGUAUUGAAAUAUAUGGAUUCAUUGGAUGGAUAGCCUCUUAUAUAGUUUUUGUAGUUUAUUUGGCAUGGGUUUUCUUACCAGAAUCAGCAUUACAUGUAAUUCAUUCUUAUCAUUUAAUCAAAAGUCAUUAGGAAUUCAUUACUUUCCUUAGAAAUAUUGGGCUCUUGCAAUUCCUAGUUUCUUUGUAGCUACAAUUUUUACUGUAAUAACUGGUUAUGCUGCUCUUAAUUAUUGUUUCUGUAACAAUUUCAAUUCAUAUGAAAAUAUUGAAGGUAUUCAUUCAAUGUAAUUAAUCACUUUAGAUAAAUAUACAAGACUACACAACUUAAAGAAAACAGAGCUCCAUGAAGGAUUACCUGAAGUCUAUGAUAUUCCAAUAAAUGUUGUGAAUAAUGUAUUAUAUUGGCAGAAGGAAAUGAUAGAAAAAUAUUUACCUAAACAUUAGGAUUGAAUUCCAUACUAAAACUAUUUUGAAUUUGAG